AUGGAUGAUGCGGAAGAAGCAGAUGGGGACGAUCGUGCAUCAAAGUUGGUGAAAGAAACCGUGCAGGAGGCUUUCAACAACUAUCAAGUGGACUGCGUGAACUUUUCUGUGCUCAGCUCCGACCAAAUAUCUCGGUAUAGUGAGGUUGAGGUCUUGAACUACGCGCAGUAUGAUUUGGCGAAUGAGCGACCGUUCGUCUACGGCCCCUUGGACCUACGCAUGGGCAGCUCUUCAAAGAGCGUGCUCUGUGGCACCUGCAACAAACGCUUGAACGAGUGCGUUGGGCACUUCGGGCAUGUGAGCCUAGCUCUGCCCGUCUUCCAUGCCGGAUAUCUGCGACAUACACACCAGGUGUUGGCUUCCGUUUGCAAGUCCUGCGCCAGGUUGUUGCUGUCCGUCGAGGCAAUGGAGAAGUACAAAAAGCGGCUCAGACGGCCCCAAACCGAUGACUUGCAGCGCCAACUGCUUCAGAAGCGAAUCUUGCACACCUGCAAGACCACCCGGCUUUGUCCUCACUGCGGCUACCACAACACUUCUUUCCGCAAGGGACCCGGCGUGCCACUAAUCCUGAGACACGCCGUGGGCCCGACAAAUAAGCAAGCUCCCGAAGAGGUGUCGCUGCCAUUCAUCGAUUCCUUUCAGGAAGCGAAGUCCUUCAACAAGGAUCUGGAGUCCUACACGGACAAGGCAUCAGAAGACUUCAACCCUUUGGUUGCGUAUGAGCUCCUGAAGCGAAUCACGCCAAGUGACCGCGAGAUCCUCGGGUUCCAGCACCCCGAGCAGCUCCUGAUGAUGUCCUUGCCGGUUCCGCCUGUCUGCAUCCGCCCUACAGUGAGUAUGGGCGACAAAGGCACCAGGGAGGAUGACCUGACCAUGGUCCUUGGGGAGAUUGUCGAGGCGAACUCCGCCUUGCAAACUCAGCUGCAGCGGGGCCUCCCCAGGCAAGUGCUCGAGGCCUGGGAGUUCCUCCAAGAAGCUUGUGCCAGGUAUGUCAACUCAGAGAUGUCAGGGCUGACCCAGAUUAAGGGCAAGUCUGUCCGAUCCAUCUGCACAAGGCUCAAGGGAAAGGAGGGUCGGUUUCGAGGCAACUUGAGCGGAAAGCGCGUGGACUUCUCAGGCCGGACCGUCAUCUCACCCGAUCCCAAUGUAAGCGUCGAGCAGGUGGUCAUACCCGAGUGGGUGGCCAAGCGCAUGACGUUUCCUGAGAAGGUCUGUGAAGCGAGCAUGAGCCGACUGAGGAUGGCCAUCAUGAGGGGUCCUGAAGAGCAUCCUGGAGCCUGCUUCGUUCGGACGUCUGACGGUCGGACCAAGUUUCUCGGUGCUUUGGGGAAGCAGUUCCGCAAGCAGAUCGCGGAUAGCUUGAAGUGUGGGGAUCUAGUCGAGCGCCACAUGCGAAAUGGCGACAUCGUCCUCUUCAAUCGCCAGCCCUCGCUGCAUCGGCUGUCCAUCAUGGCGCACCGGGCCAAAGUUAUGCCCGGGCGCACCUUUCGAUUCAAUGAGUGCGUUUGUGCACCUUACAAUGCUGAUUUUGAUGGUGACGAAAUGAACAUCCAUCUGCCGCAGACUGAAGAGGCCAGGGCCGAGGCGAUGCAGCUCAUGGGUGUUCGUGAUGGAUUGGUGACCCCGAAAAGCGGAGAGGUCGCCAUCUGUGCCACCCAAGACUUCCUCACAGGAGCCUUCCUUCUGACGCAGAAGGACGUCUUCUUCUCACGGGACAAGUUCUGCCAGCUUUGCUGCUUCCUCUCAGAUUGCUUGGAGCCUAUCGACCUGCCACCCCCGGCGAUCUUAAAGCCCUGUGAGCUGUGGACAGGAAAGCAGGCCAUCUCGGUGAUGCUCCGGCCGAAUCGGAAGUCCAAGGUCUUUGUGAACCUCGAGGUCCCGGAGAAGAACUAUACCAAAAAGAACCAGACCUUGUGCUACAAUGAUGGCUACGUGCUCUUCCGCAACUCCGAGCUGCUGAGCGGCAACCUGGGCAAGAAAGUGCUGGGGGGCGCCAAGAACGGCCUCUUCUUCCGGCUCAUCCGGGAUUGUGGGGCUCGUGCAGCCAUGGACUGCAUGAGCCGCAUCGCCAAGCUCACCAGCCGCUGGCUCAUGAAUCGUGGCUUUACCAUUGGCAUCGACGACGUGAACGCUGAGUACGGGCGGGGGGGUGGCAAGGUCACCCAGGAGAAGCAGCGCAUCACCCGGGACAAGUACGACACCGUUGCCAAGUACAUCGGGCAGUACAACGAAGGGACCCUGGAGAACAAGCCUGGGUGCAAUGCCGAGCAGACGCUGGAGGCCUUGGUCAAUGGCGAGCUCGGACGUAUCCGUGACUUGGUCGGAGGCAUGUGCGAAGAGAAGCUGGCAUUCUUCAACAAGCCCCGCAUUAUGGCAACCUGUGGUUCCAAAGGGAGUCCCAUCAACUUGUGCCAAAUGAUGGCCUGUGUGGGCCAGCAGAACGUGGGUGGCCAGCGCAUCAAGGAUGGCUUCGUCAACCGCACGCUCCCACACUUCGCCAAGGGCUCCAAGGAACCCAAGGCCCGAGGCUUUGUGGCGAACUCCUUCUACACAGGCUUGGAGGCUCCGGAGUUCUUCUUCCACACCAUGGGGGGCCGUGAGGGACUGGUUGAUACUGCCGUGAAGACGGCGGAGACUGGCUACAUGCAGCGACGGCUGAUGAAGGCCUUGGAGGACUUGGCGCUGAAGUAUGACCUUACCGUCCGCACCUCCAACAGCGACGUGGUGCAGUUUGCUUUCGGCGAUGAUGGCCUGAACCCAGCCCGCAUGGAGGGCUCCGCCUCCAAGCCGUUGGACUUCGAGUAUGUUCUCGACUACGUGGUCCACGUCCUUCGCCCGCCACACCGAGAUCGAUGUACAAAAUUCGAGACGAAGGCCGCACAGCCUCCUGGGCCCCUGCCGGCCAUGGCACGAACAGGGCGCGUGGCCGAGCCAAUCCAAAGGAGCUCACAGGAGACGGAGCAGGACCAGUACAAGCUUUGGCCGCUGCUGCCCAUGGAGCUGCGAGAGCUUGCUGAGCCCUGUGCCAUGCGCUUCGUGGAGUUCGUCAAGCGCACACAGGGCGCCUCUGAUCUGGAGUUCGAGCAGGUGAAAGGAGAUGUGCGGCGCUUCAUCAAGGACUUGGCCCAGCAGGUGGCAGCCAAACGUGCACAACUCGGACUCGAAGUUGGGGACAGCAAGGAGUCGGCCGAUGCAGCGCGGAUGACGUGGAGGCUGCAGGAGGGACUCUCGCUGAUGGAUUUGGGGCCAUGCCCUACCCUGCAGCAGCUCGACGCCUUCAUCAACACCUGUGCACUCAAGUACGUGCAGGCAUUUCUGAUGCCCGGCGAGGCCGUCGGAGCUGUGGCAGCACAGUCUAUCGGCGAGCCAGCCACGCAGAUGACGCUGAAAACCUUCCACUUCGCUGGCGUGGCCAGCAUGAACGUCACACUGGGGGUGCCCAGAAUCAAGGAGAUCAUCAACGCUGCCAAGAGCAUUUCCACACCUAUCAUCACCUGCACUCUCCGGGAUGAGUUCAACGAGGUGAGCGCUCGAAUUGUGAAGGGGCGGAUCGAGCGUACCAACCUCGGUGACAUAUGCCUUUACUUCAAGGAAGUAUACGAUCCGGCUCAUGGGUGCUUCAUCAGCGUCAAGGUGGACGUCAAGACCAUUGAGAGGCUGCAGCUUGAGCUGAAGAUCCAGGACAUUCAGACAGCCUUGCUCGACUCCAAGAACCUCAGUGGUAUCCGACUCGUCAAAUCUGAUGUCGAGAUAGUGAGCGAGGACAAGUUGCGCGUGAAGCCGCCGAAGAUGACCGCGGGCAACAAGAUGCUGUAUUUCUCCUUGCAGGCGUUGAAGGCGGCGCUGCCAAAGGCGGUUGUGAAGGGAAUCCCUUCCACCAAGCGCUCCGUCCUCAACAAGAAGGAAGCUGGCGACAAGGUUUCGUACACACUGCUCGUCGAAGGCUAUGGCCUGCGAGAGGUCAUGGGAACGCCCGGGAUCAACCCGAACAAAACCAGCUCCAACCAUGUGGUGGAGGUGGAGAAAGUGCUCGGCAUUGAAGCAGCUCGACGCACCAUCAUGCAGGAGAUCAAAGUCACGUUGGGCGCUCAUGGAAUUUCAGUGGACGCUCGUCAUAUCCAGAUGCUGGGCGACUGCAUGACAUAUCGCGGAGCUGUACUGGGCAUCAACAGGUUCGGCAUUAGCCGAAUGCGGACGUCGGCUUUGAUGCUGGCGUCCUUUGAGCGGACCACGGACCUUGUCUUCGAUGCCGCAGCGCGCAGCCGCCUGGACCCCGUGAAGGGUGUCAGCGAGUGCAUCAUCAUGGGCUCCACGAUUAACUUGGGCACUGGCCUUUGCAAGCUGCUCUACGACUUCAGCCCUCAGGCUGCCGCGGCUCCGCAAGCUGUGAAGGAAGGCUCUGGAGGCAUGCCGCAGCCAGCUGCCAACUCCUGGACGGCAACUCAGAGCCGCAGUCCGCUGCUGAAGAACUGGCGAAAGCGGGUGAGCUUUGCCGAUGAGUCUAGCAACAAAGCGCCUCGUUUGUCUGAGCCACAUCCGCCUCCGGCAUGA